UUUCUUCUUCAUCAACUUCUUUCUCUUUCAUGAUUUGGUUACUUUUUUUUCUACCUUCAUCUAGGAAGGACAAGCAGACCGCUUAUGUGGAUAGUGAUUGUUCCAUAAGCUCUUGCCAUGCAACUGACGCACUUGACCUUACAGGUUCGUACACAGCAGUCAAACAAAAUGGAGCUAUAUUUUCGUCCUGGAGAUCCAUAUUCACACCCGGCCUUUGGCGAACUUCGGCCCUGUAAUAAUUUUUUGUUGAAGAUUUCUAAAAAGAAAUGUAGAAACCUCCAAACAACAGAGUACAGCAGUGGAGUAUCUGAACAUUCAACAGAUCGAAUUAAUUUUGAGCCAAAUAUUUCCAGUGAUAACUUAUCAGAAGCUCUACAGCAAAUCAAUGAACCCGAAUGUGAAUCCAGUGCUGCCUCUGCAGAACUUGAAGUCCGUCUACCUGGACAAGUACGACAGGAGCUUUCUGCAGAUAUUGUUGCUCGAGUUUCAGAGGCUUAUAAUUUUAAUGGAAUGGUGGAUUACCAGCAUGUUCUUGCCGUGCAUGCUGAUGUUGCCCGAAGAAGGAAGAGAAAGUGGGCUGAAGUGGAACCACAGUUUGAGAAGGGUGGACUCAUUGAUGUUGAUCAAGAGGAUUUGAUGAUAUUAGUGCCACCACUUUUUUCAAUAAAGGAUGUACCAGAGAAAGUGGCGUAAGAUGCUUUAGCUUUACUUCCUCCAGUUAAAAAUAUGACUUUCUUUAUUGUAAAGUUUCAUUCUUCCCAUGACAAAAGAUUAAGAGUUAUACAUUGGCAAUCAGAGAAGCCUUAUAUUUAUUUAAGUCAGCUUUGAAGUUUAAGUCAAGUUGAAUGGAGAAUAUCAAAAUAUUUGAGUAAAGUUCCUACUAUAGUUGGCAAAAAGAAACUACUGUUAGUUUUUAACUUUUCAAACUGUGAAAAGAAAUAUGAUAUCUAUAACACAUGGUCAAUGGCUCUUCAAAGGCUGGAUAUUUGCUUGCAGGUUAGGAGGCCUAAUUAUAUGCACUAAACAUAAUGAAACUCAUGAUGUUUUCUACAUCGUCAUAGUGCAAGAGAAUAACGGAGAAGGUUGUAUGAUACUUUGUGUGAAAGAUUUAAUGAUCCUGAUUGUUUGGGCAGAUGUACAGGUGGUGUAUUAGGAAUGAGAGAAAUGUUAAAUAUGUGUAGAAGACCGUUGCAUACCUUUUGCAGUUAUUUUAGGAUAGUGUUUUCUUCUGGGGUAUUUUCAUUGAAGGCCUACGGGGGUUUUGUUUGGGAUGUCUAAAUUUCCUGCAUGAUUGAAGCAAUGAGUUUUGACAAUCCUGUUGAACAAUUAACAAAAAAUUAAGCGUCGUAAUGAAUUUGGGAUCUGCUAAGUGAAUCCUUUUUUCCCCACUUUUUCAGUACAGUUCUAGAACUAGCAAGUCACUUACUAAAAGAUCUAGCAA